GGCCCCUACCAUCCGCCUUCAUUUGUUCUCGCUCCUUUCUUGCCUCCAAAUAAGAAGAUCUUCCCUGGGAAACCCUUGACCUUCCGUAACCCGAGUCACCACAUCAUGGCAUCCAUGGCGGAACGUAUCCGUAUGGACCUCCUGUACCGACUGCGUUGGGAUCUGUUGGCCGACUUGCACGAUAUCCAGAUUGUGGUGGAUACCCCCAACGAGGGGAGGCCUUUCGUGUUCAACGAUUCCUUGGCUGCAAGUGUAGGGGAAAGCACUGGUUUCGGGCCGACGAAUCAUAUGCCACAAGAGAGGCGCAUCCCACUAUUCGACCAUUCCUCCGCAGAGGAGGACCUCGCCGUGCCUGGCCUGAGCCGCAUCGAGGUGUGCAGCUCCGAAUGUCUCGACAAAUAUGAUCUCUCGUAUGACCAGAUUCCCGAGUCGGACGGCUACCAGCCCCCGCCCUCUCUCAUCAUUGAGAAUAAAGAUGGGAAAUCCAUUACAUUGAGACAGUUCGUCACCCAGGCACAUGCAUAUCUGAACGAGCACAUGGACGAAAUCAAUAGAGCUCUGCGUGCAACUAGUAUAUACGGAAAACAGGUGGACGGGGCGACGAGCCUCUUCUUCCGGCGCGUCUGGGCGAGCGGAACUGAUGAUAACGGCAUUAGACUGUCUGUCUCGUUGAUUCCUGAAGGGGGAUGGGAGGACAUGGAUCGGUUUUGGGCCGCUCCAUUGAAUCAAGCUCGUCUGCGUGAACGGAGCUGUGGCCGCUGUUAUAGGGGUUUCUCAUGA